UGGAUAUACCCGUGGGAAAAGAAUAUGCUUUUCUUGUAGCUUAGAUUUAGUUUUUGAAGCCUAUCUUGUUCUUCAUAGGCCUACCUGGAAUGGAAAAGCGGCACGUUCUUUAGGUUUGUGCAAUAACCAGCAAUGCAAUAUUUUUAACUGCAGCUAGACUCCUAUGAAGCUUCUGAAGACAGCUGGGUACUGGCAGUUCAUGUGGCUUCUCAGUACAGGUGCCUGGCAGGCUCCACACAAGCAACAGGUCUUCAGCCGUGCCAUCUAUGAAGUAACAAGACUCUCUACCUUCUCAACGUCCUGGACCUCUGCCUUUCUUUAGCAGAGGUGUGACACACAGGUCAGAAAAAAUCAUCUUCACAUCACAUUUUACAGAGGGAGGUGAAAAUCAUCAAAAGACACAACCCACCAUGCCUUCAUGGGGGCUAGGAGAGGAUAAAUCUUUGAGAGAGAUCCGAACAGUAACCGAUGGCCUGAAGAAGUUGUACCGGGAGAAGCUUCUGCCCUUGGAGAAGCAGUACAGCUUCUCCGACUUCCACUCUCCAGGCUUAGAGGAUGCAGAUUUUGACAAUAAACCCAUGGUUCUAUUGGUGGGCCAAUAUUCCACUGGAAAAACAACUUUUAUAAGAUAUCUGCUCGAGCAAGACUUCCCAGGAGGUAGAGUGGGGCCUGAACCGACAACAGACACCUUCACAGCCAUCAUGUAUGGGGAUGUGGAGGGCGUCAUUCCAGGAAAUGCGUUGAUUGUUGAUCCCAAUAAACCCUUUCGCAAACUCAAUCCAUUUGGAAACAAGUUUCUUAACAGAUUUCAAUGUGUUCAACUGCCAAAUCAGGUUCUGCAGAGUAUCAGCCUCAUCGACACACCAGGAAUUUUGUCCUCAGCCAAAAAGAGACUGAGCAGAGGAUAUGAUUUUCAAGCUGUCCUUCAGUCAUUCGCAGAGCACGUUGAUCGCAUUAUACUCCUCUGUGAUGCCAACAAACUGGAUGUUUCCGAUGAGUUCUCACGCACGAUAGGGGCGCUGCGCGGUAAUGAGGACAAGCUGAGGGUUGUGCUCAAUAAGGCCGACCUAGUAGACACUCAGCAGCUGUUGCGGGUCUAUGGCGCCCUCAUGUGGUCGCUGGGGAAGGUGUUCCGCACUCCUGAGGUGCUGAGGGUUUACAUAGGGUCCUUCUGGUCGUCGCCGCUCAGGGUACCCGACUACCGUCGAAUGUUUGAGAAGGAGGAGGAGAGCCUCUUCAAAGACAUCCAGGAUUUGCCUCGCAAUGCCGCUCUGCGCAAACUCAAUGAUCUGGUCAAAAGAGCUCGUUUAGUGAGGGCCCAUGUUUACAUUAUUAGCUAUCUCAAACAAGAAAUGCCCUUGAUGUUUGGAAAAGAGACCAAGAAAAGGGACCUGAUCUACGACCUUCCAGACAUAUUCGCUAGGAUCCAACAGCGGCAUCAGAUCUCUCCUGGUGACUUCCCAGACUGUGCCAAGAUGCAGGAACGACUGAUGAGUCACGACUUCACCAAGUUUAAGGUGCUGAAGCCCAAACUAAUGACAGCUUUGGAUGAUUUUCUGACCACUGACAUUGCGAGACUUAUGCCUCUCUUGCACAAGGAAGAAAUUGAAGUGGCCAGCCAACCAGGGGUGCAAGGGGGAGUGUUUCUGGGGCCACACAGAGGCCCUUUCAAUAAUGGCAACCCUUUUGUGCAGCUUCAGGAGAAUAUAAUAGAAGGGGACAUAGCAGACUGGAUAGUUGCUAAAGAUAAGGCCAAAUACGACGAGAUCUUUUACAACCUCUCCCCCAACAAUGGCAAACUGAAUGGCACCAAAGUUAAGAACUGGAUGAUAAGCACCCAGCUGCCCACCUCAGUCCUGGGCCGAAUCUGGAAGCUUUCUGAUGUGGACCGAGAUGGCAUGCUGGACGAGGAUGAAUUUGCCCUAGCGAGCUAUCUCAUUGAGGUCAAGCUGGAAGGUCAUGGCCUUCCUCCAGUGCUUCCUGCUCAUUUAGUGCCCCCAUCAAAGCGCAAAAGGAAGAGUGGGAAAGAUGAAGAACCAGAGUUGGUUGCACCAGUUGAGUCAGAGCAACCCACGGCUGUAGAUGAUGAUGAUGAUGAUGAUCAUAAUGAUGAUGACGAUGAUGAACAGUGAAAAGGAGACAUAGAUAUUUUUAUUUUACUGCUUAACUUAAUCUCUGUAUUUCUCCCCAAUUUUUAUAUGGACUUAACAUACUGUUAUUACAUUUAGAUUGUACAUUUAUUCAUUUAGCAGAUGCUUUUAACCAAAGCGACGCACUGAAUGAAUAAUAACACUCAAGCUGUGGUGCAGAGGAGAACCUAGGUAGGAAUUACUAGUGCAUCCAAUACCAUUCCUAGAGGGUGAGAGUGCAGACGUCAAGUACUAGUCAAAGUGUAGUAAAAGGACAAUGAGGUAGAGGGAGGUGUGGGUGGGAAGUGGGAAGUGCAUGGUAAGUGUGUGUUAGGUGGGCCAGGUUGUUAGAAGUGUUGAGGGAGGAGGUGUUUACCAUCUUGGUAUUACCAUCAAAUAGCCUAUUGCAUGUAGAGAAGUGCCAAGAGAAAAAUAAUCACGUGUAAAGGUAUUGCAUGAAUUUUGGUAAGACUAAACCAUUAGAAAACCAAUUAUCAAGGUUUGGUAAUAUUCACAACAAUGAGUGAGUCUCUGUGCAAUUGAAUCAAAUUUAUAUGUUGAAAAUAAACUUUCCUUCUCUCUUCCUGUCA